AUGAACGUGGCCCGACGGUAUAGGCUCGCUCCUUAUGAGAUGCUGAUAUUCCGUCCACACCAGUACAAAUCCAUCAGAGCCACGAUUUCCCCAAAGGCAAAUAAUACUGUCACAUACCCUGUAGUAGCGGUGGUCGAUCAGAGCCCGAUUUCCCUGAUCAUGGGAAUGAGUCCAGAAGCUUACCCCAAUGUCGAAUUGCUUUCAUCAGAGAGGAGCAGCUGGGUAGAGGGUAUUUUGUUCCAGGGUGAAGACGCCCCACGCCGGUAUAAGCAAAAAUUGGGGCUGACGGAGGAACUAGGGCCUAACACUUACUAUCGAUUGAUUGUCUAUGCUAUUUGUUUGGACACCCUUUGA